AGAAGCUCGAGAUUCUCAUGACUGAGAUCAGAGAACUUGUCAAAUAGAGUCUUGUACUCAGUUUCAAGAUCUUGCUCAAGAUCAUCAUCAUCCUCGCUGUAAGCAUUAGAAUCUUUUCCACUUUCUUGACCAAUUAGAGCCAUGAAGUUUAGGUGCAGCUCACCUUCGUCACUGUCGCUUUCAGAUUCAGUGUCACUGAAGCACAAGAGAGACUUCUCUUUCUUGAGAAUGCUACGACACUCACUGCGUGUAUGCCCAAUGCCUUUACACUCAAUACAUUUUUGAUAUUUUCUCUUAGCAAGGGGACACUCGCUUCUGAAGUGGCCGUAACCUUCACACUCAUGACACAUCUUUGUGUUCUUGCUAGAAUCCUGCUUUGAGAGCUGAGAGCUGCCCCUUUCAACAUCAUUCUUUUGGUAGCGUCCAUUGGAUCUACCACCACCUUUCUCCAUACGCUUGACAAACUUGUUGAAGUUUCGAGCCAUUAAACUCAGAUUCUCUUCAAUCUUAGUGACUCGACCAUCAUCCUUAGACUCAGCUGUGAAGGCAAUGCUCUUCUGGUUAGUAGAUUGUCGAUCGGUUUUCUCAAGAUCAUGCACCUUCAGAAACUUCAUCUCAUCUGUGUCAACAGCAAGUGUGAGAACAGCUUUAUAAGCUUCAAACCGUGGUGGUAAGCACCUUAGGAGCUUCUUCACCAAAUCCUUUUCUUCAUACUUCUUGCCAAGAACAGACGCUUCACUUGCCAAUUCACUGAUCUUGCAUAUGAAUCCAUCAAUCGGCUCAUCAUCACUCAUUCUCAGGUUCUCAAACUUGGAGGCUAGGUGAUCAAGGCGCUUCUCAUACUGGUAUUUCCUUCAAAGUGAUUUAUGAGCGUAUCCCACGCUUGCUUGGCAGAUUCACAUCCUUGUAUGAUCUUGAACUGCUCAACAUCUACUGACGAGAAUAUGAAAGUUAGAGCUUUAGAGUUGAACUUAGACGCUUUCUUCUCACCCUCAGUUCACUGGUCUUUAGGCUUUGGACCAACUUACUUAUCUUCCAAGACAACGGUAGGAGCACUCCAACCAUCUUCUACAGACGUCCAAGCAUCUUCAUCAACUCCUCUGAUGAUGUGUUGCAUCCUCACUUUCCAGUGACCAAAGUUGGUACUGUCCAGCAUGAUAGGCUUAUGAAUGUGUAAGAGUUCCUUCAUGGUGUCCAUGAAAUCUGCAGGAUCUCAACCUGUUAGUAGUACUUGAUACCACAGAGGUUUCCCGCUCUGAUACCAAAUGAAAGUUCAAAGACACACAGAUAUGAACCGUACAAAAGUCUUUCAAGAACACUUUCUUGUAUAUUAGAAAUCUUUUAAACAAUCAUCCUAGAUCUGUUUAAUCCGGUUUAUGCUCAGUCACACACGACUAGCGACAGACCAAUUUCUAAUCUCUAAAUUACAGAAACCCAAGCUGAAAACCUUUCACUAGAUUUCUGUAGCCGACAAGAACAAACCUCUUGCUCUAGCUUUUACUCUCUUAACGCUUAACCUAAAACACUUCUAGGUUCCCUCGUUAAGUACCCGUGAAAGACAAUAUUCUACUUCCUAAAAUAUCGCCAACAGAAGAUCUUCUUUGCUUCGCGCCAAAGCAAUAUCUUCUACUUCCAUAAGUUUGUGACAUGUCAUCACGCCGUAACAAACUUAACGUACUAUGUUACACACUCAUCACCAUGUGUAACACACUCUUGGCUCAGAACGAACAAGCUCACAAUUCUUGAGCUUACAUCAGUAGCCAUUAAGAAGGUUUAGCAAGACCGGCGCUAAAAGAACCGUGAGCUUCAGUUAAUGCGGCUAAUGGACCACCCAAACGUUGUUUCCCUGAAGCAUUGUUUCUUCUCUACGACGAGUAGAGAUGAGCUCUUCCUCAACCUCGUUAUGGAGUAUGUACCCGAGACUUUGUACCGGGUUUUGAAGCACUAUACUAGUUCAAACCAGAGAAUGCCUAUUUUCUAUGUCAAAUUUUACACUUACCAAAUCUUUAGAGGCUUGGCUUAUAUCCAUGCAGCUCCUGGUGUCUGCCACAGGGAUUUGAAACCACAAAAUCUUUUGGUUGAUCCUCUCACUCAUCAGUGUAAGCUGUGCGAUUUUGGAAGUGCAAAAAUAUUGGUGAAAGGUGAAGCAAACAUAUCAUAUAUCUGCUCUCGUUAUUACCGAGCUCCAGAGCUUAUCUUUGGGGCCACAGAGUAUACAUCCUCCAUAGACAUAUGGGGCCCGUUCGUUUCACCAUGGUCUGCUGGUUGUGUUUUGGCAGAGCUUCUCCUUGGCCAGCCGUUGUUCCCGGGAGAAAACUCUGUGGACCAGCUAGUGGAGAUCAUCAAGGUUCUUGGUACUCCAACUCGAGAAGAGAUCAGAUGCAUGAAUCCAAACUACACAGACUUCAGAUUCCCACAAAUCAAAGCUCAUCCUUGGCAUAAGGUUUUCCAUAAGCGGAUGCCUCCAGAAACCAUUGACCUCGCAUCUCGGCUUCUUCAGUAUUCACCGAGCCUACGUUGCACUGCGCUGGAAGCAUGUGCACAUCCAUUUUUCAGUGAACUACGAGAGCCCAAUGCACGUCUUCCAAACGGCCGACCUCUACCACCAUUGUUCAACUUCAAACAAGAGUUAUCUGGAGCUUCACUAGAGCUUAUAGACAGGCUAAUACCUGAGCACGUUAGGCGGCAGAUGAGUGGAGGCUUUCCAUUACAAGCUGGUCAUUAGAAAAAAAAAGGAUUUUGAAACUGAGAUGUUAUUAUUCACUUUUGACUGGUAGAGACGCCUUUUUCUAGUGAAUAAUUUGUUCGUGGAUGGUGAUGGAAGAAUUGAAUUAUAAUGUCUAAAACUAUAACCGUUAUUAAUUAUAAGGUAGGAGCUUAUAUUACUUUAAGCA